AUGGAUGCUUGUAGUCCAAUUUCAGAUCCAACUGAAGGUUUUAAAGUGAGGUGGUUUAACUACACUCUUGAUGAUACAAAGUCAUUUUCAAGCUUAGAAUAUAUGGCUUAUGGUUAUUAUCAAAAAUCUGCACCAUACCAUAUAUCAGAUGGUAUUACCACUGUUUCCUUUCAAUCAGGUUUUCCUUGUAAGUACAGCCAAACAGACCCAUCUGUGUACUUCCUCUGUUAUAGUGAGCGUAGUGGUGCUGCUAACAACAACUGGUAUUGUCCAUCUGCAGAAGCGCCAUACAAUUCAUAUACUUGUUAUAAUCAAGGGGUAAAUGCUUAUAGUUUACCAGUGACUAGUGUGUACACUACAUCAGGUAGUACCAUCACAUCUGUUAUUGAAUCUACUAUUGUUCCAAACAAUAAUAAUGAAAACGGAUCAGGUUCUCCAGGCAAUGCUAGUGAAUAUGUUGAGACUAUUUCAUCCGGUUCUGUUCACACCACUGUUACCAAGAGUGCCAAUGGUAACUCUGGUAAUUCCAACAAUGUUGUUACCAAGACUACAUCUGGUGGCAAAGUUAUUACCACCACUGUUCAAUCAGAAACUGUUUCUAGCACAGCUGCUAUUGAGGUUCAAAGUAUUCAAUCUCAACCAGCAUCUAGUGGAUUAAUUUCUAUUUACCAAGCUGGUGCUGUUUCAAACAGAAUAUCUACCUUCAAGAUGUUCUUUACUUUAUUUGUUUUGUUUUUCAAUUUAUUUUAA